CGUCACGAGCACCUCGUUCCCUGUCACUUCACGCGAAAUGACAUAACCUUACUUUCAAAUUCAACAACACCAAACAAGUUACAACGAAAAAUGGUGUUAUGAGCACUUUUCAUUGCAAAAAUGAGAUUAUUCUUAUCCAUUUGCACAAAAAUCCGCAAAUGCAGUACAUGCUUGACACUAAGUUACGACCUAAUACGGAUCAGAAAAGAAAUACGGCCUUGGAGAAUAUAUAGCACAAGUACAGGUAGUAAUAAGGAUAACCUUUGUAAAAAUACAAAUAAAAACUGUAAAAACUAUGAUAGUGUGAUAAGUAGACACAAAUUACGUAGUAUAGAAGAUAAACUGAAGCAAAAAGGAUAUGUUGUACUGAAGGAUAUCAAGGAAAGCAAGGACAAAGUCAAAGAGAAAGUUGAGGAAGUUAUUGAACGAGAAAACAUUUAUACAAUCCCAAAUUUCUUAUGUGUGGGCAGAAUGAUUAUAUCUCCAUAUUUAGGAGUACUUAUAGUACAAUCACAGUUUGAUUUUGCAUUGGCACUUCUGGGAGUUGCUGCAAUAACAGAUUUGCUAGAUGGUUGGAUUGCCAGGACAUGGAUCAGCCAGUCUUCGAAAAUAGGAAGUUUCUUGGAUCCAAUGGCUGAUAAAAUGCUUAUAGCCACACUCUUUCUCUCCUUAACAUAUGCAGAUUUGAUCCCAGUGCUGCUUACAGGCAUCAUCAUCACAAGAGAUGCCCUUUUAGUAAUUGCAGGUUUUAUUAUCAGAUAUCUAUCUCUACCACCACCUCGAACAUUAACCAGGUAUUUUGAUGCAACACAUGCUACAGCACAGUUAGCUCCGACAUUCAUCAGUAAGGUCAACACAGCAGUGCAACUUCUUUUAGUAGGGUCAACUUUAGCAGCACCAGUUUUUCACUAUGUGGGACAUCCUUUCUUGGAAUACAUGUGGUAUGUUACAGGAACCACAACUAUAGUUGCUGGGUUAAGUUAUAUAUUGUCAAAGAAUACUUAUAGAAUAUUGAAGAAAUCGUAUGUAAAUAAGUGACUGUUAUUUAAAUAUAUGUUUAUAUUAU